AUGGUGCAUCCCGCAGGUGCAAACAAUGGCGAUGCGACGACCUCGAUCAAGGAGUCGCACUGCGACGUGCUCAUCAUCGGUGCAGGACCCGCUGGGUUGAUGGCAGCCAACUGGCUUGCGGUGCAAGGCCUCGGCGCAUCAGUGCGCAUCAUCGACAAGCGCAGCGACAAGAUUUUUACGGGCCAGGCCGACGGGCUGCAGUGCCGCACGCUCGAGAUCCUGCACAGCUUCGGGCUGGGCGAGGACAUCUGGCGCCAGAGCAACCGCAUGAUCGAGAUGCGCUUCUGGAAUCCUGGCGCCGACGGAAAGCUGCAGCGCACAGGUAGUGUGCCUGAUACCAUCCCGGGCAUUUCGCGAUGGCAGCAGUGUGUGCUGCACCAGGGUCGCAUUGAAAAGUCUUUUCUCGACAGUAUCCAUCGCCACUCGGAUGGCAAACUCGCCGUAGAGCGUGCAGUGCUGCCCGAGUCGCUCAGCAUCGACAAGGCCUCCGUAGACAAUCCUGAAGCCUAUCCUGUAACAGUCGAGGUGCGCAAGCUGUCCGAAGAAGAAGCCACACCCACGCAGAUGGGCAACAGCGUGCCCAACGGUCUCUUCCGCUCUUCACUUGCUCCGGACGAUACACCUUCAGGCGCGGCGGGGACGGGCGAUCGCGAACGCAUCCAUGCCAAGUACGUGAUCGGGUGCGACGGCGCCCACUCCUGGACACGGCGUCAGAUGGGCAGCAAGAUGGAGGGCGACCAGACGUCGUUCAUCUGGGGCGUACUUGAUGCCGUGCCCAUCACCAACUUCCCGGACGUGCGCAAUCGGUGUGCAAUCCACUCGGUCGACUCGGGCAGCAUGAUGAUCAUUCCGCGCGAAGACGGGCUGGUGCGAUUCUACAUCCAGGUCUCGGAACUCAACCGCGGCGUGGACAGGCACAGCAUCACGCCCGAGAUGAUCCUCGCCACGGCCAAGGCGAUCAUCGCGCCGUACACGCUCGACAUUGGCGAGGGCGAUUUGGACUGGUGGACGGCGUACGUGAUCGGGCAGCGUACGGCGGACCGAUUCGCGCUGCACGAUCGUGUGUUUAUCGCAGGAGACGCCUGCCAUACGCACUCGCCCAAGGCGGGUCAGGGCAUGAACACCUCCAUGCAGGACACGUACAACCUGGCGUGGAAGGUGGCAGCUGCCGUCAAGGGUGUCUCGCCCCGAAGCGUACUGGCGACGUACGAGAUGGAGCGCAAGCAGAUCGCACAGGACCUCAUCACCUUUGACCACAGGUUCAGCAGGCUCUUUAGCGGCAAGCCGGCCAAGGACGAGGCUGAUGCAGCAGGCAUCUCGAUGGCCGAGUUCCAGGACGCCUUUCUCAAGGGGAACAGGUUUGCCUCUGGGCUCUCGGUCGAUUACCAGCGGUCCCUGCUCACAGUCAAACCGGAAAGCAGCAGCAAGACUACUGUUGAUGGUGGUGAGGUUGUUGCCCAUGCUGCGGUGGUUGCCCCUGCAGACGGGGUGGCGAGUGAUCCGAGUCUGUCAGCAGAAGACGCGGGGGAGACACGUAUCGAUGUCGGGAAGCGAUUCAACACGGCGCAGGUGGUGUGUCAUGCCACGGCGCUGCCGUACGAGCUUGCCGACUGGAUCCUCUCCGACGGUCGAUGGCGAGUCGUCUACUUUUGUGGCGACGUUCGCGAGUCCAUCUGCGCGCGCGAGAUGCAGCAACUGGGCGACUACCUCUCGAGCGACCUCUUGCCUCGAUUCACUCCAGCCGAGCAAGAUGUUGAUUCGGUCAUCGAGGUGCUCACGGUUGCCGCCACACCGCGUGCCGAGUGCGAGCUGGCCGACUUCCACCCCGCGCUGCGUCCGCACACUACCAAGCACCACCGCAAGACGGCGGAUGGGAGGUAUAACACAUCGCAGGACUACCACAAGGUGUUUGUCGACGACACCACCUACCACCAGGGUCACGGGCGUGCAUACGAAAAGUACGGAGUUGCAACGCAGUACGGUACGAUGGUGGUGAUCAGGCCCGAUGGAUACGUGUCGCUGCUGAUGCGCGCCAGUGACCACGCUCAGCUAGGCGCGUUCUUUGAGAAGGUCUUGUUGCCCGCUGCAAGCCACAAGCCGCACCAGCACACGAGGGUCAAGCGCACCACACCCGCCCUGAUGCUCACUCCUCAGUCUAAGGCGCAGGUGCCUCCGAGAAAGGACGGCAGAAGCACGCUCGACCUCGCCCACUCGCUCAAGACUACACAAGGAAAUGCAGCGCCCGGCGCAGCAAUGUAG